AUGGGUUGGUUAAGGACAGCGGCCUUUGUGGCCGUUGUAAUCCUUUCCAUGGCUGAGGCUACAGUAGGAAAGAAGAAAACAAGAUAUGGGCAGAUUGACUUAUCCAAAGUCGAUAUGGAACAACAUCUAGGAAAAAUGAAACGCUUCUUGACCGCUAAAAUGGCUCACAUUCACGAGGAACACAAAGAACCGCCAAAAUUCAAGCCGAUGCCACCAAAGACUCUUCCCCACUCUCUCGAUAUGGGAUGUGAUCCGGGAUGGAUGGGAACGAACUGCACAAAUCCCGUUUGCGCAAAGGAGACUCAACCUUUCUUCACUCACGAUGGACUCAAUGAGGGAAUUGGUGAUAUGAUUGAGAUGGAUGUUGGACCGACUUGUGUUGAGAGAUUCACCUUCCCAGUGGACUAUGCUAUUCCCAUCAACCUUUACAUCACUGUGACCACAGAUGAGUCAGGCAGUACUCCGUAUGCUCGACUCUACGAUCCAAUGAUGAACGAAGUGAUUCCUUGUGGAGACGAUAUUAUCAGCGAUCGAUCAACCGUGCAAAAGUAUUGUACUUUGAUGCUGACGAGUGGAGAGGGAUUGUACACAGCUGAAUUGCAUUCAGAUACACAAGCCCCCUGUGUGUUCCUAGUGAACGCUGGGACUUUCCUGUAUCCAGAUGGAGGCUUUGUGCAAUCACCACAAGAAGAUGUUGUUCAAGAAUACUUGCCAAAACCAAAUCAGGCUAUUUCACGCAAUCCACUACAAGGCAUUCCAUCGUACCUAGCCUUCAGGAUGACCCAUGACGUGUAUCCCGUUGAGCCACAAGUGGUACACAUCUAUUCAAACGGUUUCUGGGUUCAGAACUUCAAUCUGAUUGCUAGAUACAAAUGUGCUACCCCACACAUCACUGUCCAGACAUUCAACUGCACACAAGAGGACCAGUAUUACUUGAAAUUCCAAGGAAUUGAUGAGCAUGGAAUGGCCUGGCAAAGACUCUACGAGUUUGGAUGUGAUUAUCCCAUCCCAACGGGCACUUAUCCCACUGGUGGCCCGCCAACUCCGGCACCCGUUGACAUGUGCUACAAUGAGGGACAACUCUACAAUGGUACUUGUUAUUGCGGUCCGUUCUUUGAAGGAGACAAGUGCGAGAUCAUCGUUUGUUUGAAUGAUGGAGGAAUCGAUUUCCAGAAAAAUAAAUGUGUUUGUGGGGCUGGCUAUUCGGGAGAUCAUUGUGAACAUGUGUCUUGCCCAAGGCGAAACUAUGAUACAAAUGAUUUGAGUAAGCGAGCUCUCGGCUUCGUCAUUCGAUCAUCUCAAUCGAUGCAAGCUCAGAUGGAUCAAAUCGUGCUCGCCGCUCAGAACAUCACCGAUCAAUACGCUUUGUAUCACCCCGAUUACUUCCAAUCAUACAUUCUUUCAGUCGUUCGAAACAAUGCGGUACUCUUCACCCACGAGUAUCUCGACGUUCAAGGCUUCAUCUCAGCCAUUCGUUCCUUGACUAAUCCACCGACUGAUACUGAUUGUGACGAUGCUCUUUUGUUGGGUGUGACUGAGGUGCUUGAACAGCCAGCUUUCCAGAAAUAUCAGAAAUCACCGAUUUUCAUCUUCUCCGAUGGAACGGCGAAUGAUGACACGGAUGUCCGCUAUGCUCUUCUCAAUUCUCUCUCACAUUUCCGCGGACAACUCUUCUUUAUUCUUUCAGAUUCAGUUACUGGAAGAUGUAAUAUCGCUCUCGAUGAUGUUGGAUAUGCCCAAAUGAGAGGCCUUGCCGCUUUCUCGCAAGGACAAGUGAUCAAGAUCGCCAUCAACGACAUCGCAUCCACUUCGGUGAUGUUGGCUGAGUCAACGUUUAUGAUGAAUGAGUUGAUCACAAAUGAUCUCGAUGAUUGCUCACAAGCACCCAAAUACAACACUUUCUUCAUUGAUGAGAACACCGAUUAUGUGAUGAUUACGGCUACGGGAACGAAAUUGUCUGCUUUGGUCACAGCGCCGAAUCGAACCACGUUUGCUCCAUCUUUGUGGUAUCAAUCGGGAAAUCUUUACAUCUGGGCGAUUGACACGGACAGUCUAGCAAUUGGAAAUUGGCUGAUAAGCAUGUCAACACUCGCAGCCGGAAAAACUGUGUGUCAAUAUCGUGUCUCAGCUCAUUCCGACUAUGAUCUUUUCAUCGGCGUCACUUCAUCGUUGAACUCUGACACAACGGACACGCAACCAACCUGGAAUCAAGCAGCUCACAUCGUCGCUCGAAUCAACAACGUUCACAACGUCGACAAUCUGGCGAUUCACGCCGAGGUGAUGAUCACAACAAAUGAUGUUGGUGGCCGUCGAUCGAUUGUCUACGCCUCAUCCGGAAUCUAUCGUGACAAUUGCGACUAUUAUCUUUACUUUGGCCCAUUCACCUGCAACACACCGAAUCAAAUGUUCUAUGUGAGCGUCUAUUCAACUGACCUCCAAGGCCACACUUUGCUCAGAACAACAACCGGCUUUUGCUCUGCCUCAGCGCCGACCGUCAUUCCGCCAGACGGUUGCGCGAAUGGAGGAGUGAUGGUGAACGGCACUUGCAUUUGUGCUAAUCACUACAAUGGACCCAAAUGCCAAGGAAUUCUUUGUGAAAAUCAGGGAACACCCCUCUUCGGCAAAUGUCAAUGUCCAGCCGGCUUUUCUGGAGAAUUCUGCGAAUCACCAGCUUGCAACUCUAUCAACACAUGGAAACAAUAUGACCUCAACAGCAAAUCCCUAUCCGUUCUCAUUCAUGACUCGAUUUCAACAAGAUCUGUUCUCCGUACGUUGAACGACUCAGUGAGUCGCGUGAUCGAUGAUAUUCGUUUCACACAUCCGAACUGGAUCACUUCUUUCCAGCUCCUCCGCUUCAACGACAGCGCCCACACCACAGAAGUUGACUCCUCCGAUCCAAAUGAUUUCAUCAAUGGAGUGCGCAAUUUGGCCAAGCGGAACUAUGACAAUUCGGAGAUUUCAUGCCAGGAUUUGGAUCUAUUCCCAGCACUUUUCGACACAUUGUCUCUUCACGAUUUAUCAUUUGGCGGCAUCGUCUACGUUUUCAUCAACGGAGUACCCAGGAUGAACGACACAACCUUGCAACGAAUCUACAAUCAUCUCGAGUCGACGAAAACCACGAUCAUGGUUAUCCAAACAGCCACUUCACCCUGUGGAAAGGACAUCUACGAUUCGGCUUCAAUCUCAUUGAUGAGCCUAGCCGAGUACACGGGCGGUAUGUUCACAAUUUCGAUGGCCAACAAGGCUGGAGACAUUUUCCGCUCUCUUCCUACCUUGUACAGUGCUCAACUCGUCACUGAGAACUACUACGAUGAUUGCACUGCACCAACAACUUUCUAUAUUCCCGUUGAUUCACUCACACAGGCUUUAGACAUUGUCAUCAAUGGAGAUCUUGUCGGUCCACCAGUUUACGUAGCUCCAAAUAGCAAUCGAUUCAAUUUGGUCAAUUUGUGGAACGAUGUUGGAUAUGGAUCUCGUGCUGAUCAAAUUAUUCAACCUUGUGACCAAGGCUGGGAUCAAUACGACAAUCGGUGCUUCAAGUUUGGCUUGACAAAGGUGAGCUGGACUGACGCUGCAUUAACCUGCCAUCAACAAGGCGCCUCUUUGGCUUCAAUUUUCAACCAAGGAGAUCAAGAUUUCUUGUCUUAUCAAGCUGGAUCGGCUAUCGAUUAUUGGAUUGGACUCAAUUAUCAAAAUACUUCGGGAUCUUUUGUUUGGGAUACUCCAUUUAACACUUCGCUCACCCUUGACUCAACUGGAUUUACAAAUUGGGCCACUGGGCAACCAGUGAUGGAUCCGGGAAAGACUUGCGUCUACGACAGUCAGAGUGGAAUGCUCGGUGGAAAGGGAUGGAAUGCUGUUGGCUGUACCCAGAAAUUCGCCUACAUCUGUCAGAAGAACGUCUACAAUCAGUACUUCACUCCACGAGAUCCCAACUCGGAUUUCUUGCCUAGAGGUAUCUGGCAAGUGACAAUUCAAACCGAUGAGGGAAGUUGCUCGGUGGCUGGAGUGGCUCAAACACAGCUUCGAGUCUACACCCAGUACACUAGCGACAUUCAUGACGAUUUCGGUCACCCAGAGCCCUACCAAGGCGCAGUCGAGAACCGAGUGAUCGCGACUGUGAUGGGACUCCUUCCAUCAACCACAUAUUCUCUCGAGUACGCCCAUCUCUACAUGGACAAUCUCACCAUCAUUCAGGCUCAACCGAUGCGUCAUCGUGAGAACUGUGUCUUUGACUACAUCUCGUCACCCUUCCAAUGCCCUUCCAUGACUUUCCAGAUGAUGCUAUCAGGAGUUGACAAUUAUGGAUAUCUUUAUCAACGUGUGAUUCCAGUCCGCUGUCAAGCUGGACCAUUAGAUGGCGAAUGCGAGAAUGGAGCUCAAUACUACAAAGGAUCUUGCGUCUGUCCACCUGGAUUUUUCGGAGAAUAUUGUCAAUUGAUCGAUUGUCAGAAUGGUGGCCACUUCACAGCCGCGUUGGGCAGUUGUGAAUGCAGAACUGGUUUCACUGGAACUUUCUGCGAGAUUCCCCAAUGUACUCGUGGUGGAAACAAGCCUGAUUUAGACCGAGAACAUCGUACUUUCGUUCUACUUGUUGAUGGAGUCCAAACUCCAUCCUACAAGCCAUUCCUCGAUGGCCUUCAAGACGGUUUGACCCAAUUCUUUGGCCAAAUCAUGCCCCAAUUGCCUAACUGGUGGACGAGCUUUGUUGGAGUGAUCUUCAGGAACGCUGACGCUGCCGAUCACGGAGGAGUUGUUUCCUCAGUCGUCACUCAAAGCGCCCCCGAUACGUUCAAUCAAGCGCUUAAUGCCCUUCUUGCCCAAAUCCCUUACAAAUCAACAAGCCCAGGGCGAUCAGUUUUCACGGCAAUGGUCGCCGCGUUAACUGCUCCACAGGUGAAAUCCCGUUCCGUUGCUUUCCUCAUCCUCAACGGUGUUCCCGAUGAUUGGACUGAUAUGGAUAUGGCCAUGGAUGUGAUUUCAAAGACAAACACACAAGUGAAUUUGCUAGCUUAUGGUGACACGAAUCCUCCAGGAAACGCUUCAUACCAAGAUCUUCAACCACUCUUCGACACGAUUCACAUGUCGGGUGGAGCUGUGUAUUUCAUGAAGACCGACGACUUCUUCAAGCCAUGGGCUGAUAUGGCCUACACUCUGCACGGUGGUCAUUACAUUCUCUCAACAUACCGUCAAGAUUGCUCAAAUCUUGAUGAAUAUAUUCAAACUGGUUCCAACCAGUCAGCACUCGUUGUUGACAUUUUCGCUGAACAACAACCCGUUGUUAAGGUCACUAGUCCAAAUGAUACAACGGUUCGCGCGCAAAACGCCUUCUCGACCCUUACAAACACCAUCGAUGUGUUUGUCGCAUUGUGGAUGCCCGGAAUUUGGACUCUCGGAAUUGAUGAUGGAAAUGAUCGAAGUGGUGGUUGCAUGGUAAAUGUUCGUGGUCAAUCAGCGGUUGAUGUGAUGAUCGCUUUCACGCAAGAUGUCGAAGAAGAUGGAGGAGUUCACUCGAAUGAUGCCUAUCUUUUCCCACAAGCUGGCUUCGAAACAAACGCAAUUGUGGCGGCAGCAAGCGGUGGAUACCUUCAAUACGUUCAACUGUACGAUGUCGAAGAGAGAACACUUCAAUUCGCUUCUCCUUUGAUCCCAAGAGCUCUUUGCACAUUCCCCUACAUUUCACAAAGCACUUUCCGUUGUGAUCGUCACUCAUUCACGGUCGCUAUUGAUGGAUUGGACUUUAUGGGACAUCCAUUCAGACGAAUGUUCACCAUUCAUUGUGUCGGAUACAUUCCAACAAGAGCUCCAUACACUGGUACUCCGUACACCGGCACUCGACCAACUGAGGCUCCAAUCACCACCAGCCCACUACCAAUCUAUCCAACUUGCUCUAGCAAUGUGCCGAAGAUUGACAUCAUCAUCGCUUUUGAUUCGUCUGCUUCGAUGCCAAAGGACGUGUUUUUGGAGAUCAUUGACCAAUUCUAUGAGUUAGGCAGUGCAGUGGUCUUCGACAAGGACCAUGUUCGUAUCAUUGCUGGCACUUAUGAUGCACAGGUCCACUUCGAGAUGCAAGAUUUCAACUCGACUGUCAACCUUUCAACCUAUUUGACGAGAUUGGUCGCAUUGUUGUACUCUGGAUACACGGGAGUAUCUGGAAACAAUGUGAUGGGCUUGAUUGACUACAUCAUAAAGAGUGAAAACGCGGUGACACCGUUCCGAACGGAUGCCAGGAAAAUGAUCAUCUACUACAGCACUCUUGGUUGGGACAAGGGCAACAUCCACGACAAUCAAGAGACUGGUUUCGGUGAUCCGACCAAAGACGCGAAUGACCUCAAGUUGCUGGGAGUUGAGUUUUUCACUAUCGGCUAUGGAUCGAAAGCGAAUGCCACUCAACUACAGGCUGUUUCCUCCAACUGUACCCGUAUGGCGACAACGAGUUACGGUCUUCAAGAUGCGUUCAACUAUUUCCUCAGCAUCAUUUGCAACAAAGAUCCAGUGUGCAAA